AUGGCUACGCAUCAGCAGGUUCGCAACCACUUCAAAGAUGAAUUGCAUCCUUCCCACCAGCAACAGCAAGGUCCUCCACCUACGCAGCAUCUGCAUCACUCUCGGCCGCCCAGCAUAGUCCAUCAGCAGCAUCCCGGCCCAGCUCACCAGCAGCAGCAAUCCGGUCAUCACAGCAGCUACCAUCCGCCAGCACAAUCCCUUCCUUCUGCGUAUCAGCAGGGUAAUCAGCCCGGCAACACGCAGGACAAUUUAAACUAUUACAAUCAUCCCAGUCCCUACAGCACACCUGGUGCGACAAGCGGAUAUACUUCCGCCGACACUUCCGACAUGAUGGCCGCAGCGCAGAUGCCCCGACCGCCCUAUCCGCCGAUGUCAUAUCAUACCCCCCAGUCUAACUCCCCUGCUUCCGUCGCGUCUCCUUCUCAGCAUGAUCAGCACCGAAGCAUCUAUGGCCAAGCGCCUUCGCAACACAUGCCUCAAUCUAUGUAUUACCAGCCGCAACCGCCAUACCAAUCCAUGCAGCCCCAGGCCGCUCACUCGCCUUAUGGCCAUCAUGCCCACCAUCCCCAACAACCGAUGACUACGCAAGCCAACUUGAUGAUGUCUCACACAGCGCCGAACCAAAUGCAACAGCAUACCCCUCAGCAUACACAAAGCGGCAUGACCAGCAGCCCCAGACCAAAGAUUGAGCCCCAAGUUCCCCUGCAGAUGCAAAAACAGCCCCAGGGGUCCCCGAUGCCCCAAACAAAUCACCAGCAGCAGCCGCCUCAAAUGCAGAGCCCUGGCAGUCACAAUGCGGCGGUCAAUCCCAAUGCGGCUCCCGGUCCUAUUCCUGCUACAACACCACUUGUUGUGAGGCAAGACGGCAACGGGGUUCAGUGGAUCGCUUUUGAGUAUUCGCGCGAUCGGGUCAAGAUGGAAUAUACUAUCCGCUGCGACGUCGAAUCUGUGAAUACAGAUGAGCUAUCGGCCGAUUUUAAGCAAGAAAACUGUGUCUAUCCUCGCGCCUGCUGCCCCAAGGACCAGUAUCGUGGCAACCGGCUGAUGUACGAGACGGACUGCAACCGCGUCGGCUGGGCUCUGGCCCAGCUGAACGCGCCCCUCCGUGGCAAACGAGGCUUGAUCCAGAGGGCAGUUGAUAGCUGGCGUAACAGCAAUCAGGACCCGCGCCUACGAAGCCGCAGAGUUCGCAGGAUGGCGAAGAUGAACAACCGCAAGCAGUCGCAGGGUCCUGCCCAUCCACCUGCUGCCCACAUGCCUAGCCAUGGGCCGCCUCCUGGCUUGGCAAAUGGCCCUGGACCCAUGGGACCCAGCCCUACACCGACGAUGGAGAGCAAGCCUAGCCUCGCAAGCAUGAGCCAGCCGAUGCAUCACCAUCAUGCAGGCGGACAUCCAGGAGCCGCCACUGGAGGAGGAGACGAAGUCGCUGAUAGCAGCCCUCAUGGAGGCGAUCAGCAAUACCAGAACGUUGAAGACAACACACCGAGCCAACAAGACACACGCACCGCCCUUGUCUUUACUGGUUAUGGCGGUCACAAUGCAGCUGGUGUUGCUGUAUCCUCUCAUACGCCUCGCACGGGGUCUGCGAUACCGGCGAAACAGCGCAGCCGUGGUCUCGGCGAUGAUCAAAGCGGCCUCUUCCCCGACCUCCCGGAGGCGAGGAAGCGCAAGUUCGUCCUCGUGGAGGAUAGCAGGCGCGGCUCUCGCCUCCGCGUGCGAGUGACACUGGACGGUGUCGAUACCAAUGAAAUCCCCGAUAGUUUCCGGACGCGCGCCAGCGUUUUUCCUCGUAGCUUCUUCCCUCGAGAAAUGCAAAACCCACCACCAAACGCCCUUGGAGCACAAUUUUUCUCAGACGAUACGUCAGAUGAUGGCAUUCAGGAUACAGACGGGCGCGAUGCUAGCAGACGAGGCUCGAGACGGACCUCAUCCACCUUCGUCAAAGUACCAUUACCGGGCAGUCAGGACGGUGAAAUUUCGGUUCCAAAGAUGGAGAAGUCAAGACGUGCAAGGGAACUGAAACUCAACGACAUGGGCCACCGUAUGGCCUGGCUCCAGAGUCGAGUUUUUUCAGGCAGAAACUUGUUUUUACAACGCGCCUUGGACUGCUACCGCACGAAGACUUGCGCUGCUAUCGAGGGCAAUAUGCAAGAUGUUCGAGCUAGUGCAGCACACUUUGAGUUGCGCACAGGCAAACGCAGAUGGGUUGAAUCUAGUCGCCAUGGCACCGACAGAGCAACUGAUAAAUAA